GUUCUCGCUCGUGAAGAAAAAAGCAUACCGCUGGUCAGUCGAAGUGUUCCCGUCGUGCGGUGAAGACUCUCGCGACAAACUGCGAUAAGAAGCCAUCUGGGCAACAGCAGUGAAUUUGUGGCUUGAAGUAGUGAAGUUUUAGUAUUUAUUUCUAUCUGAUAAGUCAGCUAAGUGCCAUUGAAGAAUGUCCGGAGACGUCCAGCCAAGGAAGCGCAAGGACAAGAAGAGGAAGAAAGAUGACGAGGAUACCGUUAAGGAAACUCCCGCCCCUAAGGUAACGACCGGAGCCGCACAAACUGCCCCUCAGUCUGGUGACAUCCAGAUGCACGUCCACAACGACCACGGAACCGGAGGCCAUUGGUGUGCCAAGGUUGUGUUCUUCAUCCUACUGGCCGGCCUGGGUGCCUUGAUUGGCUUGAUCAUUAUUGAAAACAGAGGCUUGUCGAAUGCCGAUACACCCCUUUCGGAAUCACGAUAUGCCGAAUACUUUGAAGGGUGGGUUGAUGAGAACCGCGAAGAUGACCACCACCAUGAGGAAAUUUUGGAAGCCCUCAACCAACUGGACGAUCACGACGAUGAAGAUCAGGCACAUGGCGACGAGGAUCAUGGUGACGAAGAUCACGAUGACGAAGAGGACGAAGAUGAUGGUGCCCCGUACGCUGAAGAGGAAGAUCAUGACGAUGAACGUGACCUGGAAGAUGAUGAAGAUGAAGGCGAGCUUCCCAAGUUGGACGACGAUGAAGUAGAGGAGAUUGUGGCCACCAAGAAGAAGGUGGCUGAACAGGAAGCUCAAGCUGCAGCGGACGAUGAUGACGAUGAUGAUGAUAAUGAAGAUGAUGCUGAUGAUAACGACGAUGACAAUCAGGCUGAUGAUGACGAUGAUGUUGACGACGGUGACGAAGACGCCGACGAUGACGAUAAAGAAGAUGAAUCGGUGGUCGGCAGCAAGAAAACCGUUGAAGACGACGACGACGACGACGACGAAAAUCCGGUGGACGAUGAUAAUGACGAUGACGAUGACGAUGCCGAUGCUAUCGCCAAAGAAAUCGAUCAGUUGGCUGACGACGACGACGAUGAUGAUGAUGAUGAUGACGGAAAGACACCAUUCGAUGAAGAGAACCAAACUAACGCUUUGAAUGAUCAAGUUAACAAAUUGAGAGCAGGCGUUGGAGGAGAUCAUAAGACUGAAGAUGUUGUAGAUAUGAAAGAUGCUGCCAAUAAUGAGAAGCCUGUCAAGUUACAAGAUUCUGUAACCAAUGAGCUGCCUGUAGAACCUGUGAUAAGUGCUGAGGUACUUAAGAGUCAGAUGGAUGAGUUAGUGGAAAAUUAUAAUAAACUAGCCGAGAUGAUGAACUUGCCAAAGGAAGAACCUUCUGGGCAAGUAAAUCCCGGAAUCGCUGUUUCUAAGGACGACGAUGACCAACUAACUGACGAACCUUCUUAUAACAAGGCUAAUGCUGACAACAAUGAUGAUGAUGAUGACGACGAUGAUGAUGAUGAUUUUGAAAAUUUCGUCGACAACGAUGGCGGCGAAGAAGAGUACCUCGCAAAGUUACGGAAGGAGCAGGAGGAGCGAAGCCAACAGAAGCAACAACAAGAAAAAGACGAGCCCCGAGAACAAUCAUCCCUUGUGGUGCAGAUCUUAGUUGGUGCUGCACUGAUUGGCGCCGCUCGAAUCGUGUUGAUGCCUUCCUCGCGUGGUUCGACUCCACAGCCCCAAUCAACGCCCCAAACGGCGCCAUCGAAUAGCACAUAUCAGCAGUCGCAAGAGGAGCCACUAGAAGAACCGGUGGUGGGCAGCUUGGAUGACCGGUUACUGAGAAAUGAAAUGGCAGCCGCCAAUCUGGCCGAGAAGGCCGAGCGGAUUGAGGAAUUGCUUAACCCGUCCCAGGGUAUUGCGCAGCCCCGUUCGGUCGUCGAGGAUUUCAUCAAUGCUGGAAGUGGACAUGGACAGAGCGAUGAGACUGAAUACAUUGAAGGAAGUGCAACACUCAUCGAAGGCGACGAAGGUGAACUCUAUUACGGCGACGAAGAUGAAGAGUACGACUACGAGCAAGAAGAGUACGGCGAAGAGCUAGAAGAAAUCGAAGAAGAGGAAGAGGAAGAAUUUGACGAGGAAGAAAAAAAACUUGAAGAACAGGAGCAUUACAGAAUCGGUUCCUUUGUACCGACUACUUUCGAAGAGUUCAGUUCCAUGUAUCGUGCACCUUCUGGCAUGCAGACUAACGAGUCCAUUCCAAUACCUUCGGAAACGCUUGCUCCAGAACAAACGAUUGCGGCAUCUCCUACAGCACCUCCGGAAAUAUUUAAGAAUGAUUCACCGAAAAGCGUUCACAAGGAAUCCCCCCUGAUGAAGGAGAAACCUCCAAAGGGAGCCCUGAAUAAGCUGAUCUACGGACUCCACAAGGAACCAUUGAUUACAGCCGAAGAUUUCCAGCAACCGAUGGAGCAAGGUGAGACUCAAAGUGUCCCUACGGCAAUGCAUUCGGACAUUCAUUCACCACCCUAUUAUGAACCUGCCCAAGACCCUAGAUCCAAACCCUCCGCAUCAGAACUUAGUACUGCAAGCAUUAAAAUUCUUACCACUACCAUUACCCCUGAUCCUGAACCUGAACCGGCCAUUGAAGCAGCCCAAGCAUCCACGAGUCAAUCUGCGCGAGAGAAACAUGUGGAAUUCUUGCUUCCUGAAGAUACACCGGAAGUUCUGUUACCCGAAGAGGAUCUGCCAACGGAUGAACCCGAAGAGGUGAUCGACAAUGGCAGCAAGGAAAACUUGUUCAUUCCAUAUGACGAAGGAGAUGCCGACGAGUUGUACGAAGAUGAUUUGAUCUAUGAGGACGAGGAAGAGCUGAAUUCGGUACUAUUGCGACAGUAUGCGUCCGAUGAAGAGGAAGAGCCAUUUUCAGAUGACGAUGUAUCGGAUAUAGAUGAUUCGGAGUUGAUGAAACGGCUCGAAGAAAAGUAUGGCAAAUUGGAGGUGAAGAAAGAUCCCGAAGUGCAACCCCAAGAAGACGACGAUGAAGACAGCUGGACAAAGAUUCCCUCUAGGCCUAGUGAGUCUCAGACCUACGAGGAAGAACUGAAUCGAGCGAGAAGACAUCUCGAUGAGCUGAAGAAUCCCAAGCGAGCAUUGGAAGAAUAUGAAUUGCUACUUCAGAAGCAGCGGCGCCUAGUUCCGGCUCUGGUUGGCAAGGCACGUGCCCUGGAUGCCCUGGCCGAACAGCAGAAAAGCAAUGCACUCCUGGGUGAGGCGAUCGACGCGUACCAGGAUGUCGUAUUCCUCGGUGAUUCCGUAGAUGACGAGACGGUUAAACGUGCAGCCGAACGAUGCAUCGAUCGGUCCCGUUUCCGAGGACAGUAUCUAAAAGUAGUCGAAGUGCAUCGGGAACUGAUUCGGCGGUUCGAUUCCGAACCCAAGUAUAGGAAUCAGCUGGCAGUUACCUAUCUACUAUCGAAUAGGUUAGCAGAAGCUAAGGCAGUCCUGCACGAAACUUUGAUGCGCUGGAUAGAUGAUGGGUUUGCUUUGGUCCAUUAUGGAUUUGUACUGAAAAAUCACGAUAAGAACAUGGAGCAAGCAGUGCAAUAUCUCCGGGAGGGUAUCGAAACAGGACACGAAGGAACACAGGACGGACGAUUCUAUUUUCACCUGGGAGAUGCACUGCAACGAUUAGGACGUCAGGAAGAGGCCCUUAACGUGUAUCGAGAUGGGGCCGAAAAGAAGUUGUUCCUCUCGAUGUAUCAACGAUCAUUGUAUAACGUUGAUAGUCUCAAGACACGUCCAUUUUGGACUAUCGAGCAGACCACCUUCUCUAGUCAGCUGGAGCUUAUCCGAUCCCAGUGGACUGCCAUUCGAGACGAAGGUCUCAAGCUGCUAAAUUCAGCGGGGAAUUUCAAAGACGAAGCUGAGAAUCUCCGGGAUACUGGCGAUUGGAAGCAGUUUGAACUGUUCUUCCGGGGUCAACGAAUAGACAGAAAUUGUGCAAAAGCUCCGCUCACUUGCCGCCUGGUGGAACAAUUUACGGCGGCGCGAUCCUGCAAGCGGGGUCAGGUGAAGUUUAGUGUGAUGCAUCCGGGGACGCAUGUGUGGCCUCACUGUGGACCAACGAACUGCCGAAUACGAGCGCAUCUUGGACUGAAGGUGCCGAGUGGCACGUCUAUUCGUGUCGCAGAUGAAACGAGAUCCUGGGAAAACGGCAAGUGGGUCAUCUUUGAUGACAGCUUCGAGCACGAAGUUUGGCACAACGGCACCAGCGCUCGGUUGGUGCUGAUUGUCGACUUUUGGCACCCGGAUCUGACGGAAUCUCAGCGAAAGUCACUAUCGCCGAUCUAAACCUGCUAGGUACGUACCAUUUCCCCUUCCUUAAGCUAUAAGCGGUGCAACUCUCACCAAAGACGUUAGAUUUUACAUGACCUGAGGAGGUGUCGAGAAGCAAUUGUAUCAAAUAGAAAUGUGCAUUUUUUUACUAGAAUUUUGCUGCUUUAUUUUAUGUUUUGAUUUACUGAACCAGAGACUUCAAACAUUGAGUGAGAUGAGGAAAUAUGAUCAAAAUGAGUUAUCUGUAUAUUUUUAAUCGAACAGUGAUAGUUGAUAGGAGUUUGUUGACGAUAUACCAGGACAGACUACGAGUUUAAUCGUGAGGACAAUCGAAGACUUUUGUGAAAGUCAAAUAUCGUAUUAAGAGUUUUAAUACAAAUUCGUUUUAAAA